GAUGCAAGCGACGUAAACUUCAACAUGGUAGAGUCAGUUGCCAAGAAGUCUCCCGGGAUAGCUUUGCUGGUAUUUGGUCAGAUAUACGCAGUGAUGGCUUAAAAACUGUCCACUGAAUUAGAACCAUGGCAUGUGGUGGCCCAAGCUUCCAGUUCCAAAACCAGGACCUUUUUUCUGCUGAUAAUGCUGCACACGAGUGGGACGACAGAGACCCUGAGGUCAGCCUUAAAAUAUAUGGAGCAACGGGUGGGUCUCUGCCUCUUCAAAAGACUAAAGCUUCAUCAGGACUUGGCCCAGAUGAGAUACCACUGCAUGAAUUUCAAUUUGAUAACCACAAAGAUCCUCUUAUAGUCAUCUCAUCAGAAAGAUCCAUGGGAAACAGCCGAUAUAUGAGAGCUUCUACAUCAUUGCAGUCACUUAACAGUCUCUCAUCAAGUGUUACCAAUAUCUCUGUUCUUUCAUACAACCAGUAUGACAGCUGGGUGCACCACCCAAAAGUGCGAGAGAACUGGCGACUUGUGCUGGCCUCGGGUAUUUUGAUGGUUCUUGGACUAGUUCUAGUCUUCACAGGAAUAGGCAUCGCAGCUUCACCAGCUACAGGGUAUCACUGUAUUGUCAUCAUUGUGAUUGGGCUUCUGUGCCUCAUUCCUGGAGGUUAUCAUUUCAUCUACAUUUACUGUGCUGCUAUUGGCAGGCCUGGUUUUGAUUUUAAUAAUCUGCCAGCCUUGCGGUAACACAUACCAGUCUGAUCUUGUACACCUGACAGCCCUGACACCUGAAAGAUUUUGGAUGUAUACUUCCAGAUGCUCGAAAAGAUCAUUUCUACUAAUGCCAUUAUAGGCAGGAACUUGCUUUGUCACAGAGUUUGGUCACAAGCAACUUUGUAAUAUUUUGUCACCAUGUGCUUAUAUUUCUCUGCUUUAAAUCUGUGAUAAAAAAGUGUAUUUGCUGACUUGCAAGACUGUGUAUCAAAUUAUAUUAUUUAUUGUCUUAUUGUAGUACUUGCUGAAAGUUAAAGCAUUUUUGUCUUGAAAGUUUGUCAAUGCUUUUAGCAAAAAAAGUUGAAUGAAGGUUGUGUAAUUCAGGAAACUGAAUGUCUGGUCAUUCUUACUUACAAACUGUUUUGACGUCAGGUUGUUCUAAGAAAAUGCAUUUACCAGGAUCUCAGAUUUUAUUUGCAUCAGUCUUGCAGUUGAUGUUGUUUAUGAUAUUAAUGAAAUGUCAUUUGACAGUUGUCAUUGUGUAACCAGUUAUCAUGUCCAGGUUGAUAGUUAAGCAGCAUUAUCAUUAGGUUUGAGACGUAUGUGAAUGUACCAGGCAAAAGAGUGAUAGAAACUCUCCAUCCCACCUUUCUCCAAAAGCAGAAAAAUUGACAACUCUUUAGCAUUCCUAAUAAAAUGUAUGCACAUUUUAUACAUGUUACAUAUUAUUCAAACACACAAAAUUAUUUCACUUCCUUCUCCCUACCUUUGAAGUUAUGGACUAGUCCAACCUGAUUCUAUUGACAGUCUUUUCCUGCCAGCUCCAGUACCUCUUAUUCCCAUCACCAAGUCCAUUAACAGUUUUCAUGAUGUAUUUCUACUGCACCUUUUUAUGAAGAACAAUUUGAGAAUUAUCAAAAUAUAAAGAUUCAUUAUCUGGAGUAAUGUUUGUUCCAAUUUUAUCCUUCGAAGUCUUUGGCAACCUUUUUUAUGGCUGGAGUAAAGGGGAACAAUUUGGUGUAGUUGCUUUUUAAAGUGCAGAAGUUUCAUGUCUUUGCUCAUCUCUUUGUCUCACAUGUUGAUCUUAGUUUUUCUUUCGUGAGUACCAGAGUUUGAAAUUCUUUGCCGUCUCUUUAUUCUGUUUUAAGAUUGUAGGCAGUCAGUCUUCCUUUUGACUUGUUCCUGUUAGCUUUGUCAGAAUGCACUCUUCUUUGUAUUUCACUUUUUUAUUCAUGUUCACUUUACUUUUGUCCUUUGCUUGCCAUUUGCGUUUGCACUUGGAGCUUCCAUUGUGAGGAACAUGUGUAGACAUGUUAAUCUAAACAAAAUAGGUUAGUGCAUUCAUUGCUAGAUUGAUGGUAAGGAAGAAACAAGGAAAACUCUUACUGCACUAUGUCAAAAAAUCUGUGAAUGCAAUUAAUGACCCAGAAUAUGGCUGCAACCAAACAUCUUCCAUAAAAAAAAAGAAAGGAAACAGUAAACAGUGUCAAACUACAAAACCUACUCGUUCACCCAAGCAAAGUCAUGCUGAGAGUAACAUAGAAUUGCAUUAGCACCACAACAGAAAAACUGCUAGAACAGGCUGGUUUUAGACAGGCAAGAACACUGUUGAGUAUAUUGUCACCUGAUAUUAAAAAUCUACAGCAGCAGCAAAAUCUCCUCCAGAAGUUCAUCAACUUUAGAAAGGCAUUUGACACACUCUGGCAUGAGGGGCUGUGGCAUAUGAUGCAAAAAUUCAACAUCGAAGAUGGCCUUGUUCAAGUCGAUGAAGUGCUGUACAAGAGCUCAGUAAAGGAAGUACUACUAGAUAACCAAAUGGAAACUUUCUUUCAUGCAACAGUGGACAUCCAUGAAGGCUACCUAUUUUUGCAUGUACUGUUUAACAUCUUUUCUGGAGAAAAUUGCGUGAAAACCCUUGAAGAGCAUCAAAACUAUGUUAUCAUAGAUGGGAGGCCCACCUGCAACCUACAUUUUGCAGAUGACUUCAGUGGCAUGCACCGGCAGCAACCAACAGACAGAGAAUGUCAAUAGAUAUCUAUGGAGACCAGCACUAACAAAUCAUGGUUAAUGGAAAAGUCAAAUGGAGUACAGCUCAAGUAGAAUACAAACCCAAUGUCUGAGGAGACUGCUCCAAAUCUACAAUGAAUGCUAAAUCAGAUUUUGUAUGAAGCAUGAUCACUACCCUAGUGGUUACCAGGAACCCCUUCUUGCAACAGGAAGGGGCACGAGAUGGUCUGAUUUUUGGCCAUGUAACCCAACAUGAUACUAUUGAAGACUGUCCUUGAAAAUACCUUGGAGAGCGGUCGAUACUGUGGUCCAGCAUAACCCUUCAUCAGCAGAUAUCCGUCAAGGGAUGUAUUAAAGAGUAAUGAUCACACAUAGGCACAUUUUGUGCACAUCUGUCCACUAGGUCAUCUGAGAUGGGUUAUGAGGGUGAAACCCUCAACAACCCCUGUCCCCAACAUAAUGCAAGAUUGAUCAAAGCGCUAGAGUCACUGUAACAUCAUUGGAUCCAUGACUAUGAUCAUAGAAACAGGUAGAUUUGAAAAUAUGUAAUUGCAUAUGUAUGCAUGCAUGCAUGCACACCUGCAAGUUUGCACGUGUCCUCACUUGCUAAAAAAGUGCAGACUGUAAUUUUAAUCUCAGUGUUGUGAUGAAGAAUGUAUUAAAACAAUCCUUAAAAGAUGGACAAAAUUACAUUCCCUUUUUUUAUUAUGAUUUGGAUUCCCAUUAUCAUCUUGUUCCUAUUCACCCCCAGUGGAGCAUAGGGCCGCACCCAUUAUAUAUCUUCUUAUAUUUCAAAACUUUUUUUCCCCUCAAAUUAUUUUAAAGUAAAUAUUUUAUCUUGCAAACAGCUGAUUACAACAUAAUGCUAGCAUGUUCUGCAUGUACUUUAGCAAUUUUGAUAAUAAUGACAAAAGACAUUAACAACAUCUAAAGUGAAAUUUUAUUCUUGUUGAUGUGUGUAUAAGUGGAAGUGGGGAAAGUUGGUUUGGUUGGUUAGAGUACAGAAGAAAUGUUAUGCUAAAGUCACCUGACAUGAAUUUUAUUCUAUUUGGGUGUGUGUGUAGAUGUAGUAUCUAUCCCACACUUGAUGAUUAAAGUUUUACCCACACUUUCAUGAAGCAUGAUUGAUUUCAAAUCAUAGAGAAAAUCUUAACUUUCUGCAUAAAAUGUUCCAUUAUAAGUUAUAAGGUUGUGUCAUAAGGUAAUAAACUCCUUCCCUUUUCAUUGAUACUCACUGCCAGCGGCUACUCAAAACACAGCAUCUAAAGAGAUGCAUUGUGCACAACAGAAGCAUUCUCGAAAACUCUCUUCGCAGUGACACAUCUGCGAUAGGUUAUUGCACAACAAGCAAUUUAGGCACACACAGUAAGGUGGAUUUUUAAGUAUUUAGUAAAAAAAAAGUUUUCAAAAAUUUUUUUUAUCACCCUGAUGAGUGCAAUUCUAGUGGUUUUGCUGAUGUGGAUCACUAUAACUAUGCAUUCUGAUGAACCUACGACUGUAAUUUUCUCUGCAGUAUUAUCAUGAACAGUGACUUGCUUUUUCACGCACUAACUGUUCCACCAGACUCGAAGAUACUGCAGUAUUGUAUUUAGCGUAUACACGGUCCAGCACUUUAGAAGUAUGCAUGUCACGCUUGAGUGCCUUGUUUUCUACUUGUAAAAAGUUCAGUAGUCAGUGAAAGCAAAUAGUGUUUAGCGUGAAGUAUUGAAGAUGGUAGCUCUCAAGUAUGUAAAGAUAAGGUGACCAGACGUCCCGCUUUAGGCGGGACAGUACCGCUUUUGACCUCAUGUGCCGCCUGCUCAUCGGGCGGGACGCCUAAUGUCCCGCUUUCUGGCUUUCUAGAAAGUCCAUCAAAUGUCCCGCUUGUCUUUAAAAAUCACUUUUUUCGGCGUUCUUUGACAGUGAUGACACCAUCAUCGGCCCGUGUCCCGCUUUCACCCCCGAAACGUCUGGUCACCUUAGUAAAGAUGAGUUCAUGGUGUUUAUCUGCUUUACAUUCUUCUUCAUUCAACAGAUAGAAAGUUGGUAAUGAUAUUUGACAAUGAUUACACAUCACUGUGCAAUAAUGACACUUGUGCAGUGUGAAGAUGUGGUGAAAGUGCUUGCUGUUCUUUGCAUCUGGUCACUGUUAUUAUUCACGUCAGUUACAAGAAAUAAAAUAUUUUAAAUUCA